AUGAGUAUGGCAGACUUCAAAACAUUAGGCAGCCCAUAUCUCGUCCUCCCAUCCGUGGCUGGCCUGAGAGUUGAUCUUCUUGAUCUCCCCGGGCCGUCCUCGCAGUCUCAAGACGCGUUGACAACACCAACGUCUCCAGAUCCAUCUUCACGGCAACUGCACCAGGAUGAAGAUCCUACCGUCUUCCAUCCGUCUUCUAGGCAAUUUCCUCGCCGUCAGUCUGCUGACGUGCCUCUUCGCGACGGCGUUCAAUCUCGACUUCCUCCCGCGCGGUUUAUCGACGCGAUUGUUCGGACGAAGCCUUCCAGGAUCGCUGAUAACUGCUCCCCAAGGUGCAGUUGGGUAUCAACCUCCUCCAGGUCCCGUUGCCAACGAAGCGCGACCAACAGAGACAUCCCAUCCAGAGGCCUACAAGACAAUCACCACAACGAUCAUUACCCGAGAGACAACGCACGAACUGAGGCAAGCCCCAGUGGCCAUGAGGAACUCGUCAGCGCUGUUUGGACCUUCGACGAACGUUGUCGUGGUCACCGGGACUGUGACCAGGACACGGGUGAUGGUGGUACCUACACAAACGGCUUCUUCCGAAGGAAGUAG